UAUUUGACGUAAACAAACCUCACUUAACGACGUAAACGGGUCUUUCACAAGUCUCUCUAAAACACUAUAACAGUCAGCCAGCUCGGCUACUGGAUUUUACGACAUUGGACACGUAACACCGACUAUCCCACCUGACGCGUGCACUAUAUAAGUCUGAAAUACAGUGAACUCCAAAAAUGUCUGAGAAGCCGCCAGCACUAUCGAAGGAAGAAGAAGCGAAUGGCCCUGUUUCCUACGAUGAUCAAGAGCCUGGGAAAAGUGUCUGCGCUGCUACCCCUGAUGAUUUCAAAUCAGGACCUAAUGCUCCACCAUCCUUCGAAGAGGUCAUGGGACAAAACCUGACCUCUUUCAUCCCUGCGCAGCCAGAGUUACCUCCCCUGUGUCACAUUGACAUCAUGCCGAUGGUGAUCGACCCGGGCAACAUCCGGUACAAGAAGUCACCGGUUUUUCAACCUUUCAGUUCGAUCAUCACUGGUGCUAAUGUGUGGCUACAACAACACCCGGAGCUCCUGUGCUGGAAGUGUGAGACAGUAGAGAGGAAGAUUGACUCGGGGACGAAGGUCAACCUUGGGGUCAUGACACACUACGAGUCAGCGGAAGGCUUCAACGCCCACGUGAUGGGCCUGAGGAUCUGGUUCGUGAAGAAGAUGGACGGGUCUCCUCCUCAGCAACUUGGCGUUGUUAAUGUUGUGCCAGAAGGAGGUGUUACGGAGUGCGUUAGCAAAGUCAACACUUCCGUCAGGUCUCUUCCCGGUGCGAUCCUGAACAUCGAGACAGCGACCUUGAAGUACUCCAUCGGCUACAGCAAGUUUGACCCGGAGUGUACCUGCUACUGUGAGAACGGAGCCGACGGACUGCGCGCCAGGAAAACCAAGCAGAUCAUGAGGGUGUUUUACCUAUUAGGACACCCCAUGAAUGAAACAGUGUGUAUGAAGGAAAUUCAGCCGAGACAGGUGCGCUUCACUGGAACCAAAUCAUCCACCAAAUUUGAACCCUUCUCUGCGAUGGUUGAACAAGCUCGGAUGUGGUUGCAAAGUCAAUCCGGUAUCCGAGUUGUCAACAUAGAGACACGUGACAUUCAGUCGAGGGAUCAUCAAGGGAAAAUAGACAUUUUCUCCGAAAAGACAGACGACUUCUUGUCAAACUCCGACUGUAUAUAUGUCAGGGUCCUGCGCAUCUUCUAUGUCAACACACCGGAAGUGACGUCAUAUGCUGGUACCGUCUUAUCAACGCGCCUCUUCGUUCCGCAGAGGGGCGGGGAAAAGGGUUUUGAAAACAUGAAUCAGACUAUGGGAAGAAUUGUAAGCUGGUUGGCCAGCAGUCCGCUGCCAAUAUUCAGCGUCGAGACCGUGAGUUUCCCAGUAACGCAGGGCGGUGCGGGUUUAAACCAGGAGCGCGUAGACUACGGGCUGGUUGAAGGCGGGGGGAAACGUUGGCUGACGGCUAUCAGAUUAUAUUUCCCUGUGCUGUUCCAAGAACAAGUCGUCGAACAGAAACAGUCCAGCACAUGUACUGUGUUGUGAGUACGGGGACAGAGGGGCAUGCUCAACACUCUUGCAGGGAAUUUGUUGCCAUGGUUUUCAAUUCGUCUUCGAUUAUUGACCCAUCGCUGCCUCAGAUGUGGGAAGAUGAUCACUGAAGAUGUCAAAGUUACUUCUAAGAUAUAUUACGAAUCAGUUUCCUGUAUGUUCAUUCUGCUUCUAAUGCUACUAUCGUAACAUAACUUACACUCCAAAUAGUACCACUUACAAUGAUAUUGAAAAUAAUAAUAUUUUAGUCAAAGGGAAUUAUGGGAGGCCAAUAUGAGAAAUUGUCAUUCAUUGUUCCCAGUACUUUAAA